AGUGACCUUCGCUAGUCGUUGUAGUCCCAUGUUCCAGACAUGCGUGAUGAAUGGGAUCAUUCUCUGACGAAAUUAUACGAUACAACUGCUACUUCGGCAUCAAAUUGUCCUGUCGAAGGUUCGGAACAUUUGUUCAAUAUCAAUACUAUACUAGAACAGCAAGCAUGCGCUCACAUAAUGACGGCCCCUGAUACAGUGCCCGGGCCCGCACUGGCGCAGUUCUUAAAAUGGUCCAGGAAAAACUAGAAACCAGUCCGCGUUUACCUACCGCACAACCCUCUUCGUCCCCGCUGACAAGGAGCAAGCCGCAGCCACCUUCCCCCACACAGCUGCUACAAGAAUUUUUCCGCGUCCGCCAGUUGCAUCGCUGCACCCCCGCCCAGGGUCCACAGUUUCUGAUCGUGACAACCAACGAAAAUUUGGCAACCAGCGUCGCGAAAAGAUUGCGCAAACGAAUCAGCAGCUGCAGCUCGUCCCGGCCGCCGCACGGGAAUAAAGAUGCAGACCCGGAGCUGCGCGGUCGCGCAGUGACGGCAAAACAAAACCCACGUGCCGAUGAAAGCGAAGUUCCGUUGGAACAACGACCUGCCGUUUUACAACUCAACGCUACAACAACCAGCCCAACAACCCCCUCCUGCGCAAUCCGCGCCGCGAGAAUCCUGGUCGCCACCUGCAGCAGUACUACUUUCUUUGACGCCCUGCCACUAAUUUGGAAAAGAAUCUCCUAUCUCGCGGUUUUAGUAACGGGAGCUACUACAAGUUCCGAUGCGGCGAAACGACUGAUUACAGAUGCAGUGAGGCGAAGAAUCCAAAAGUCGAGCUGCAAAGUGGUUUUGUUUUUCGGCAGAAGUGUGAACUUGUGGAAGUUCGAAACGACGAAUGGAAGACGGAAUCCUGCUGCACAACAUGGUCCUGUCGUGCGUGUGCAUGGAGCCGAAAACAUCACAGAAAACCACUUCGUUGGAAAGCAAGACGACAGCUCCAGCGCCGGCAAUUUCGAAUACCACACGAACAUUAGCAACAGAAUUGAAAAUGCGAGCAAAGAAGGCCAAUCGGCUUCGGAGGUAGAAGGCCGAGACGAAGAUUCGUCGCAGGAUCAUGAUUCGAAACCCUGUAGUUCCCCCGAUCAUCCGGACGCACCUCAACUUCCCGACGCAGAAGAAAAGCAACCUACUUCACCUCCCACGGACGUAGCAGGGAGUGAAACAGUGCCUCCGGCGAUUGGUGUAGCAACUACGAAUAUUCAAACACCUCUUCAUCAUCCGAAGGGUGAGCCAGUUGCUCUUGCUGCUGUUGUUGCACCUACUUCGGAAAAUAGCAACUCAGGUCCGCCGGUGGUGAAUCUGAAUGACGAAGAAGAGCCAGCGACAAGCCACGAAUAUCUGAUAUCAGCACGGGCUUGCCAUCAACCCUUAUGCGCUGUCGUCCCCGGAGAGGCGGAGGCCAAACAGGAAAAAUUUUCACUGUCUCACAGCAACGCGUCGGAAGCGAGUCAGCAAAUGGAAACCGUUCUGACCAACGAUGAAGCCUUUUCGCCUAUACGAAAGGAAAUAUGUAACGAUGGGAGAACGAGAAACAUCGCCUCCCUCUCUCCCUCACGACAAAACGAAAACGAGCAGUGCAGAUCCCCAACAAAAUCAAAAUCUGACCGUAAUGACAGCGCGUUUUUAGAUACUGGCCGUCUUCCCUCUGCAAAGCAGUUCGAAAACGACGUUCGGGCCGCAACGUCGCUGCGAAACUCUUCAGAAACGAUCCAAACUAGCCUGUUGAUCUCCAAUGCCGCAACUCCAGAGUUUGGCUGUCGUGCCAGCAGCGAGACACGCCAGCAGCCCAAAGUAGACGCAUGCGCUUCUGAUGGUACGGAGGAUCAUGUACAUGUUCAUGUAGCCGAUUUGUCACCACGAGAAUUACAAACUUCGUCAGCCACAGCUUCUGCGUCAAUGCCCGCUACUUUCCACAACAGCAUAGCUUCAUUUUCUACAUCGUGUCGUCCUCCUGAGAAAGACACCAAGAUGCAGGACGCUAACUCGCAACAACCCGUCGCGAUCAAGAUGAUGGAUUCAACAUCGGUUGCUCCGCGCAGCCGCUCCGCUUCGAGUCGGAGUGUGGUAUUUUUUUCGCCGGCGAACUCCCCGAUGGUGUCGCCAACCGGAGGGAGUGUCACUCAGGAGGCCGUGUUUUCGCCCAUCAAAGAUGUUGUUGUAGAAGCCCACGAGGAAGACCACGGAGAUGGACUUCAGUCAACCCUCGAAGCCGCGUCACCUGGUCCUCUAAUGGUGGAAGUACCCUCUCGUGGUGCAACCUCACCCCCCGUACAUCAUGUUUGCUCUGUACCCGUAGAACCCCCCGCACCUGGCAGCAACGUGUCAACGACCGCUGCAACAGAAAACGAUGCUGGUACGAACACCGAGGAUACAGCUACGGAAGUGGGCAAGGAAUUGGCGACCGCUCAGGCGAACUCGGUGGUAGCGAGAAUCCAGGGCACAAGCACGUCCGCUUCAUCGUCGUCCUCCCGUGGUCCUGGAGAUGACGCACGGGCAGAAGGCGAAAUUAGUCGUUGCGCUUUCUUAUCAGGUGUUUCCGAACCGGCUGUGGACUUAGCUGCAGCAGAAGGAGCUGGCGAGACAACUUUGAAAAGAACUACGUGCAACCAGGUAGACGGGCUCGGGCUCGACGCAGGCAAGCCUCCUCCAGGAGCAUCAACGUUUCUACUUCAUUACAACCGGCAGUCCCAAACCGUCUACACAGCUACAACCUCCCAGUUCCUGCCGCUAUUGCUUCCGCAAUACAAGCAUUUGGAAACCCGAAUUCUCGACCUCCUGGGCCUGCCCGGGGUACUUGCACUUUCGCAAAAGACGAGCACCAACUUACACCUGUACGACGCGGCACAGAUGAAAAUAAGAAGCGAUAGUUCGGCUCGAGCAGUGGUUCCACGACUGCAGCCCGUGUUGGGAAAGUUGAUAGAGGAGUAUGAAAAGGCAGGUAUUCUCCGGUCCGGCCCUGGAGAUAAGAAAGGCAUGUCUGGCCGAUCAUCGUCAUCAUCAUCACGAAAUACAGGCUGUGAAAGAGCGCAAGCUCAUCUCGUCAUCCUCCCCGACCGCGCCUUCGUGCACCCAUUUUGGACGAUUUUGGUCAAAGCCAUCAUUGACAGAGGAUUCAACGGCGCGCAGGUGCGCGAGGUGGUGCAGAAAGUGGCGGAAGAAACAGGCGAGCUUGCGCAACUAUUCAGCCCCUCGUGCUCCCACGGAGAUCAUGCGGAGGGAGCAAAAGCCGCCGCUUUCAAAAUUUACGUUACCUCCCUUGCCAUGGUUGUCGAGCAGGCCAGCAAAGAACUUCUACCCCGGCGUGGUGAUGGCAGCCGUGCAGCGGCGUUCCACGAUUCCGAAAAUAGCAAUGGAACGUGCAUUUUUUACGGAGAUCAUUUUACGGACUUUUUGUUCGGGGAAGUGGAAGAAAACUGCAAAAAUGUCGCUGCGCGAAUCAUGUCUUUGGAGGAUGCAAUCGAGACACUGCUUUUUGGAAAGCCAGCUGCCUCUGCUGCAACGACAAGGUCGUUACUGACGCCCACCAGUACUUCUAUCGCAGACCCCGCUCCGCAGCUUGAUGGAAGUAGGACCGAGUUGACGACAGCUGCAGUGGACGAGACUGUUGGUGGAAGGCCAGCGCAUACUAAUACGUCGAAGCCUACCACUUCAUCCAACGCAAAUAUAGGCACCUCGUUCGACCGAGAAAAACAACAAGAGUUCGCAGACACCAAUCAUCAAAAUGGAAAUGCAAACUCCCCACCGGCAAAAUUAUCUUCGUCCGCGAGGAACGCGACCUAUGCUUCCCUUCUCUCGCCCUUUGCUCGGGGCAAGCAGAUUCUGACGAGCGUUUUGGAAAAGCUUGCGUCGCCAGCGAGAGCUAUGCAACUUGGCCUACAGAAACAGGUCGUAGACCACCGAAAAGUACACGAGUUAGUGUCCAGCAGCGACGACGGCAUCAUAGACGAGGACGAAUACAUCAGCGAGCUGGAAGGUGAAACUAGCACAGGCGCCACGCAGGCUCAAAUUGCCAAAUCAACCUCUCUCGUCGUCGCAACUGCGCAGCCAGACGCUACUCCAAGACGAAACUGCCCAUUAAAGCCGUUUUGCCGAGAUGCUUUUCGUAAUGUUGGGUCUUUACUCCGCGAAAAGACUGAUGAAAGCCAUGCUGGUUCAUCUACAGUGUCCUCAGCAAGAUGCGCAUCGAGAGGAAGCGCGGUGGCCUCAUCGGGUGCAAUCGUAUUGGAACCGCAAGAACCACCACCAGCCCCGCAAUAUACCAGGUCCCCCUCCUCCUCUGAGGAACAGGCGACGACGCUGGCAGUAAGUGCACGACCUGCAGCACAGGAGCCGGCACAACUGGACCAGCCUGGGGUGGAGCAACAAGGGUCAGUAGCAGCGCCUCAAGCAGCGGCAGCAGAAGGUAUUCAGGUACCAGUUCGGCGACCACCACCGCCGCUCCCACUUCCCGCAGCAUCAACAACACAACACAAGAACCCCGUCUCGAUAGUCUGCGAAUGGUUCCAGCAGCAACCGAUCUCUUGCACUCCCACGUUUAGCAACGAGUGCGUGGGCGGCCCUGAUCAUCAAAAAAUGUUUCAGGCCACGUUAAAAAUUCCCUUCUGGCCGGGCGAGCCGACCUUUACUUCCGGCGUCCAGUCAAGUAUGAAAAACGCACGGAAGGAUUGCGCAGAAAAGAUUUUGGCGGAUCCAGGGUUUCGGAACUAGUAACACGGCAGUUUGAUGGUUGAGUGACUUGUUGAAACGGCUUUGGGUGCUGAACGCAGUUGGGGUAGUUGUUGAAGAAAAGCAUUGCUCUUGAUGCGGUUUCGAGAUGAUACACAUCACAACAGGAAGACGGAUCUUUCUAUGUUAAAAUGAACAGGUUCCGCAGAGAACUUGCGGCUGUACUAGCGAUGAGCAACUGAUUACCAUUCCACAACGGCUGCGCUGCUGUCAAGAAAUAAGAA